AGGCGAGCUGCAGCAGAAAAUGCCGUUCCUGUACACGUGGGACGAGUUCAUGAAGCUCGGAGACGACGUGCCCAACGAGCAGCUAGAUGCUGUGAUUGACAGUCUGCGGGCCAACGAGUGCUGCUCGCUCAUCUACACAUCUGGAACCACUGGAAACCCGAAAGGAGUCAUGCUGAGCCAUGACAACAUCACCUGGACGGCCCGAACAACAUCUGUUAUUUUAAACCCAAACCGCGGAGAGGAGAUCCUCAUCAGUUACCUGCCGCUUAGCCACGUGGCAGCCCAGAUGAUGGACAUCUGGGUCUGCAUGAGCUCUGCAGGAACGGUCUACUUCGCAGAGCCAGAUGCCCUCAAGGGAUCCCUAAUAAACACUCUGAAAGAGGUGCAUCCAACUGGGUUCCUCGGGGUUCCUCGGGUGUGGGAGAAGAUGCACGAAGGGAUGAAAGCAGUUGGUGCCAAAGUGUCUCCCCUGAAGAAGAGGAUCUCUGACUGGGCCAAGUCCAUCGGCCUCCAGUAUAACUACAGUGUCAUGAAAGGGGAGAACGUGGUGCCAUGGGGCUUCAUGCUGUCCAACAACCUGGUGUUUAAGAGGGUCCGGGCCAACCUCGGUUUAGACCGCUGCAGGGUUUGCUGCACCGGAGCCGCUCCGAUCACCAAAGAAACCCUGAAGUACUUCUUGAGCCUGAACAUUCCAGUGAGGGAGCUCUACGGCAUGAGCGAAAGCUCCGGACCGCACACCCUCUCCCUCACCGAGUAUCGCAUCGGAAGCUGUGGGAAAGUGAUGCCCGGCUGCAAGACCAAGCUGGUGGAUCCGGAUGAGGACGGGAACGGAGAGAUUUGUUUCUGGGGUCGUCACGUCUUCAUGGGCUACCUGAACAUGCCAGACAAAACAGAGGAGUCUCUCGACGAGGAGGGCUGGCUGCGCUCCGGAGACCUGGGCAAACACGAUGAGGACGACUUCCUGUACAUCACAGGGAGGAUCAAAGAGCUGAUCAUCACCGCCGGCGGUGAGAACAUCCCUCCGGUUCCCAUCGAGGAUGCGGUGAAGAACGAGGUGCCCAUCAUCAGCAGCGCCAUGCUGAUCGGAGACAAGCUCAAGUUCCUCUCCGUGCUCCUCACACUUAAAUGUGUGAUGGACGACAACGGAGAACCCACAGACGACUUGAGUCCUGAAGUUCUGGCCUUCUGCCGGCAGCACGGGGUCAAAGCCACCAAGGUGUCGGAGAUCAUCGCCAACAAGGAGGCAGCAGUUUACAAACUCAUCCAGGAAGGGCUGGAGCGGGUCAACGCCCAAUCAGCAUCCAACGCCCAGAAGAUCCAGAAGUGGGUCAUCCUCGAGCGAGACUUCAGCGUGACCGGAGGAGAACUGGGUCAGCACAGACAAGCUUUUCUCUCCUGUUCUAUGACUGAAAACAAAGUCGGAAGUAUUCAUGUUUAACUCCUCAGUUAACUAGAGAAAAUGCAUUUCCUGCAAAAAUGCAGUGUGCAUGCUUAUUGGUGAAGAACUUGCCGAACAACAGCUGAAGUUAGCUAAAAACAU